AUGAGUGGGUGUAUGUUGUGCAGUGACUCUGUGGGACUGUUUUUGCACACUGAGGUGAGAUGGCUGUCUCGCGGCAAGGUUUUGGAUCGAGUUUUUGAACUGCGAUCAGAAAUAGCGGACUUUCUUGCUGCGAAAGCACACCCUGACAACGCUGCCUUUCGUGACGACAAGUUCAUCGCACGCCUAGUUUAUCUGUCGGACAUCUUUCGAGAGAUGAAUAUGUUGAAUUGCUCUCUACAAGGAAAAAAUGCUUCCAUUAUCGAUGUCCAAGAUAAGAUGAAUGCCUUCUGUCAGCAAAUGAAACUAUGGCACAGGCGAGUCAACGUCAACAACGUCGUUAUGUUUACCAGGCUAGACCAAAUUUUUCAAAGUAGCGAGGUUCAGUGCCCGGCGACCGAAAUUGGCGAUCUUGAAGACUGA